AUGCUUGACGCUCCAUCUAUUGGGGAAAUGUUUGAUAGUGGACAUUUUGGUAUGGUAGAAAGUUCUAGAAUUUCUUUAGAUGCGUAUCAUCGAAUUCCUAACUUUGGUGUCAUCUCAAGAAAUACACCCUCGAUUUGUGGGAGCGCAUGCGAACGUGGUGGCAAACAAAGUUUUUGCGCCGAGACUCUUACUAAAUCGAGGUCGCUGCAUAAUGUUCGUGCCAAGAGCGAUUGGAAUGGCUCAGACCAAAAGUGGCUAUAG